AUGGUUUUUGGCUCCCCGCGAGCACCCGGGUGGUUCUCGCAUGGGUGCCAGUGGUGUGAGAAAGACCAGCGCUGCUACUCGGAGCUGCCGUGGGGCAACUCCUGCUCCGCGAGCAGCACCGUGAGGAACUCGUCGUCUUGCCCAGAGCCCUCGUAUCGGCAGGUCAAUUUCAGCAUGCAGGAGGCGUAUGACAUGUUGUUGCACGCCGAUGCCUCCUACUACGCGGACCCAUCGGCACUUACUCCCGAGGGGGGGCAGCUUCCGUCGAGCUUCAAGCUGGUGAAGAAUUUCCAUUAUACUCCUGGCGUUUGGCAGGACGGUUUCGCGUACAUGGGCGUCGACGUGAGUUCCGCCCGCAUUGUGGCGUCCUUCCGGGGCACCGAUAAGUGGACGCAGCUAACCGAAGAGUUGUUGCACCACAGUCUCGUGAACCAGACUUGGGACCCACACCCAGGCGCGCUCGUCAAUGAGUACUUCGUGCAUGCCACCGAUCUGCUAUGGGCGAACAUGAGCCAGACGCUCAGCGAUCUCAUGAGCGCACACCCGGGCUUCGAGGUCUGGCUCACCGGCCACAGCAUGGGCGGCGCCAUCGUGGAGCAGGAAGGAGGCAAGCUUACCCCGCCAUAUUUGCCUGGGGUCGAGGCAGGUGCCUUUUGUUUCUGCUCCAGAGCCAUGGCCAUGAUCAUGGCCCUCCGCAUGGAAAGGCUGCUCGAGCGCCCACCCGUGGUGUACACCUUCGGGCAGCCACGCACGGGCAACGCGGCGUUCGGGCGGCUGGUGGACCAACGUUUGCUCAAGCUCAUCCGCCUCGUGAACGCCGCUGACCCCGUCCCGAACGUCCCUCGAUGCGACUUCUCUGGCAGCGGCACCUGCUUGCCGACUGAGACCGGCUACUAUCACGCAGGGACGGAGGUGUGGUUUCCGGAGGGAGAGUACGAGAACAAGGUCAUGUGCCGCUUCCGCGAGUGUGCCGGGCCCGAGGACUUUUCGUGCGGAGAGUCGAGGAUCAUGCAUUGGAACCCUCUGUUGCACAACGGGUACUUCGACAUCAUUCCUAAUGGAUUUUGCAAGAACAGGGCGAACGGAACCCAGGAGAUCAUCGUCUGA